AGUUACCAAGUCGAGCUCGGGCUGUUGCAUAUACACACACACACACUCACACGCCACACACACAUACAUACAUACAAGCGUUCACCGGAGUCUUUUCAAGGAGAUAAUUUUUUUUUUUGCAUGGGGGUAAAACAGAAAAGGAAAGAAAAAAAAAUGAACGCGGAAAGAUGGGAAUGUCGCCGAGCUGAGUGAGAUCUACUCCUCGACCCCCAACAGACGCAGGUCGGAUCCAUCCUCCUCUACACUCUCGGUCCAAAGAGCGGCGUGCAUUUUUACGCACUGGGCAUUUCGCUCCGGGAAGGCGGACUGAGACUGCUCGCAGUGCAAUCCUCUCACGCUGAGAGCCGGGAGGGAUAUUUACAAUAGAAGCUCCCGAUUCCUUUGCGGAGAAGAAUAGAAAAAAAAAAGAAGAACGAGGAGGAGGAGUGAAAGAUAACACUGGAAUGAGGAGGACCUCCAAGAUUCCUGGCGUGCUGCGGAGUUGUGACUGAUGGAUGAAUGUGGUCAUCUGUAGGCUAAAAACGGGCGACAGGUACGGAGACCAGCGGGGGAGCUUUUAACCGAUUGGCUCGACCGGAUCGAAUCCUUGGAGUUUUUCUUUUUUCGUUUUGUUUUGGGUUUUGUUUAUUUUUCCUCUCCUCCCCAACAGGGUUAAAGAGAAAAACAGCCACAGGUCAUACAGGACACUCAUUUCCUCCAAAUCAUCCUGCGCACACAUCGGUUCAGAUCAGUCAAGGACGAAACAAGCAGAAGUAGGCGGCGGAGGGGGGAGAGAGAGAAUUGAUAGAUAUAUUGAUAGCUUAGAUAAGGGGACGAUCUGAAGACGAUCUGAAGAAGAAGUCGGACAGGGGGACAUGUAUCUGACAGCGACCUCGCAUGCUCCCGACUGAUCCCGAGCUCACCUUCCCACGGGCCGAAGCGCGCACUCAGGCUCGUCAGGCGCGACGCAGCGCCCCCGUCGCUCCGGCUUCUCGGCUCACUCUCCUCGGCGUGAAUUCCCUCAGCAUGGCGGGGCUCGGAUGUUGGAAGUAUUACCUCUGGAUGUUUAUUCUAAUGUGUAGGUCGGCGCUACCCUCGGCUAAGUCGCUGGAGACUAUAAUUUGGAGCUCGCAGAAUCCCAAGUUUCUUCCUGGAAAGGGUCUUGUGAUCUACCCGGAUAUCGGGGACAAGCUGGAUAUCAUCUGUCCCAGCGCGGACCAGGGCCGAGAUUACGAGUUCUACAAGCUGUAUCUGGUGAAGAGAGAGCAGGCGGAGAGCUGCAGCACAGUGCUCGACCCCAACGUGCUGGUGAACUGCAACAAGCCCGGGAAGAACAUCAAGUUCACCAUCAAGUUCCAGGAGUUCAGCCCCAACUACAUGGGCCUGGAGUUCAAGAGGAACGUCAACUACUACAUCACCUCAACCUCCAACGGCACAAUCGAGGGCCUGGAGAACCGCGAGGGAGGCGUGUGCAAGAGCCGAGCCAUGAAAGUCAUCAUGAAAGUCGGGCAAGACCCAGACGCAGCGAACCCGGAGGCGCCGGAAACCCAGGAGGACAACUCAAUACCGGAGACCAGCAGUUCCGGUCCGCCCGACCCGAGUAAGACUGGGCCUGUGAUGCCAGGAAUCCCUGGCCCCAAGAUCCAAGAUGAUCCCGGGUCGUCCUCCAGCACCGACGGCUUCUUGAGCUCCAAAGUGGCCGUGUUCUCCUCCAUCGCCAUCGGAUGCAUCAUCUUCCUCGUGCUCAUCCUGCUCCUCGUCAUCCUCCUCAUCAAGAUGCGCAAGCGCUCCAGGAAAAACGCGCACUCGCAGGCCCGCCCGUCGGCGCUGUCGCUCAGCACGCUGUCCAACCCCAAGCUGCCCGGCGGCACUGCCGGCACCGAGCCCAGCGACAUCAUCAUCCCCCUGCGGACAGAGAACAACUACUGCCCCCACUACGAGAAGGUGAGCGGGGACUACGGUCACCCGGUCUACAUCGUCCAGGAGAUGCCGCCGCAGAGCCCUGCCAACAUCUACUACAAGGUUUGACGCGCUCCGGGGGAGCCAGCGGCGACGGCCAGGAGAGAGGAGCGCUUGAUUUACGUUCUUGGGAAGAACGUUUUCCUUUGAAUUUUUUUUUUAAGGGUGGGGGGUGCAGGGACUUGAAGCCACCCCCCCCCCUCCUUGUUAUUUGUACCACCUGCUGCACAAAUCUGGAGAAACGCGUACUGAGCAGUCACCAGCGGGGUUGGGAGCUGACUGAUGAGAGCCCCCGACUGUCGUCCCUCUCCUCCCUCACCUCCCCACCAGUAUGCAUCUCCCCUCCAACCCCAACCACUCCCGGAGACUCUGGACUGGACCAACAGAUGGACCUUUAGCUUCCCUGUCCCUGCUAAUGGACAGGAUAUAACUUAUCUCGGCUCCCCGAAGUCCAGCCUGUGCUACACCCAAUUAAACACACCAUCCCAGCACACAACCGGCCGGGAAGCAGGCAGGCAGGCAGGGCGGGGGUGCUGAUGGUGAGCCAGUAAGAAAGGAAAAAAACAACAACAUCAACGUGUGUGUACGUGUGUGUACGUGUGCGCCACUGUGCGCGUUUCGCCACCCUCCCGCCGUUGCUGGGCCAGGGAAACUCUCCAGAUAGCUCAGGUAUCUUUACACAGUGUGUGGAAAAACGUGCUCCUCUCCCUUACGCACCUCUGAUGUUUGCCUUACUUACUAUUUUUGAUGGAGGAGAUUUCCUCGAACCCUGAUUAAGUUCACAAAGCAGUUGUAUUUUGUUAGACUUUUCCUAUGAGUGCACAAUGUAUAGAGCUAAACCCAUUGUCAUAACGACUCCCAUCCCCUCACUGCCCACGCCAUCUCACCGCUUUUAAUCUGUUAAGACAGACUUUAACCUGGACUCUUAGCUGUCGAGGUGUGUAUGCGUGUGUGUGUGUGUGUGUGUGUUGCGGACGUGGAAUUCCUCCCCUCCUGCUUGGUUGAAAUGAGUUCCAGCGUUGCUCUGGCACAUUUGUGUGUAGGUGUGUGUGUGUGAGUGUAUUUCAGGGUGUGUCCUCGCUGAGUGCGGUUGGACAUGUCCAGACCGGUUUCUCUAAGAAGUGUGGAGACUUUAUUGGAUUUGACGUUGAGAUACUGUGUCCUAAGCAGGACAAAUAAAAAACAGAGGGUGAUGUGCCAUCUGAUAGACAGACAGGAUCUAACAAACACUUUUGAGUGCUCCAGUUGGCACCGAUCGGAGAUCUUACCGUCAGAUCGGCUUUCAGACAGGCAGGUUGCUAUUUGCUCGCUUUAUCUACUAGAGUCACAGUUGAAGCAUCCAAAAAAAAAUGUUAGUUUGAGGGGCGUCGGUCAGAUGGCUCUCCCUGAUUGGCUGGCCUACAGAGGUAUGAUGCCCCACAUAUAGGUUUGGACGGAGAGCCGGAAUACAGUAUCAUCACAUUCCAAUUGGCCGCCAUCUGUAGAUGAGUCAGCUUGUGACUAAUCUACGUGCCAUCUUCAUGCCCACUCUCUCCAACCGAUUGGGGGAGAAAAAUUGUUCCUGUGACUCGGCUUUAACCUGAGAGGAUAAUGGAGGUGGGAACGGGUGAGGCAGGGCCGGCCGAGGCGCUUUCGUUUUCGCAGGCCUCUCUCACCAGCUGUGCUGUGAAUAAAAAUGCUGCGUGGAAUAUUCAGCGAGGACACUGCAGCCCAGCUAUCACACAGCCCAGGGCGACAGCAUCAAGGCGGGAUUUUACUGCAGCUGCACGAGUGUGGAGUGGCAGGGAGAUAGAUGGAGGGGGAGGCGGAUGUUUUUGUGUGUGUACACAUAGGUGCUUAUUUGUGCUUAUAUUUGCAGUUUCCACUCAGUGGAUGUGUGCAAGUUUCGUCUGCUGCUGUGACAGACAGGUUUUUUUUCUUUUUUUGGGACUGAGCACCUCCUCUAAUGGAGCAUACAGCACUGCAGUCAAAGCUAAUGAUGUCUGAGAUACGGCAAGCCACCAGUGCCAAAUAUCGGCAAAGCUGCGAUGUUUAGUCAGUCAGGAAAAUGUCAGUGAAAACUUUGUAUUUUACACCAGCAAGGCGUAUUUUGAGCACCUUCUUCCUCAUUGAUCUCAUUGCCUGUUUAUGAAAAGCCAAGGAUCCUCUAUCAGAUCAUAGAAAGUCACUUUAUUUUAUUUUUUUUUGCCUUUUCAUAAACAUACAGCCGUUGUACAUCUGCAUGACACGAACGAAUGAAGUAAAAACCGACGCGCGCUGUAAGGUAGGCGAACACCUCCCCCAGAACAGAAGGCCAUGUUUUACACCAGCAAGUCACAGCGUUUCGAACGCCUCCUUCUCGGCUCGUACGGUUCGAUCAAGUCAUCAAAACCUUUUAUGCCACAUGGACACGGGGGGGGGGAAGCCCCUGUAUCUUGGGAACGCCACUUUAAAAGUUGCCAGGGAAUCCACUUUUUAAGUCAAGCCUGAUGAUGAGCAACUAAAAAUCAUUCUGACUUUUUAAGCUGCAAUUUUUAUGUACCGAAUAAAACAUAAAAUCUUACCAUUUUUGGUCUAGUUUCUAAGGUAAAUAUCUUGGUAUAUUUGCAAUAAGACUAAAUAACAGGCAACUUUUCAGCGAGAAUUGUGGGCUUGAUUUAAGUUAAUACAUAACUUCUUAUCAUUGAUGAAAAAUUACUAGCGUCACUGGCUGAUUAUUUUUCUUAUAACUAGUAUUUUUUCAUAAAUAUUAAGGAAUUAUCGAAGUAAAAAAAGCCCGUACAUCUUGCUUGAACAAUGCUUGUCAGUCCAUUUUUGUCCUAUUUCAACCGCACUAAGAUAUUUGCACUAGAUAGAAACUAGACCAAAAAUACAUGGUAAAGUUUCGUGGUUUUGCAGUGUACCAAUAUUUGGCACUCAUGUCUCGCCAUAUUAAAAAAAGGAAAUAGGGAGGGCCAUGCGUGACGAAAAGCUGUUGUUUGCUCCCACACGCCAACACAAACACAUCCAGACUGACGGGUCCAGGUUUGUUUCCGGUCAGGGUUGGGGUGCGUAACGUUUACUCAGCGUCCAGCCCGUCAUCAACCAGCGCUGACAUCACCCUCGGACAGGCGCUGCGGGGUUAAAAGGCGACCCUGGCUUGAAGACUCGGGGAGGACUCCGGUGGCUCUUGCGUGUCGUUAACCUCUUGAGUUAACAACCUCAGCAGCUGCCGGUGAUUUUUGUGUGUGUGUGUGUGUGUGCGUGUGUGUGUGUGUGUGUGUGUGUGUCCCUGUGUUUUAACUCAGCAUGCGCCCAUCUGCAAAACUCAUCUAGAGCAUAUAUUUUUGUUUCGGAUCACCGCGCCUCUAUUCAUCUACACCAGCUUAGGGAGUCAUUACCAAAUUACCACAAAGCAUAUCUCAUUUUCAUUCAUUCUAGCGACCGCUUAGUGUUAUUCAAUUUCGGGAGGAAUUAUGAAAAAAAAUAAAUAAAUAAAAUUAAAAAAAAAGAGUAAGCAGAGAAAUGUAAAUAUAUGGAUAGAGCCCAGUUUAAGAUUUAAUUUCCACCUGAACACUGCUCAUAAGAAGAAUUUAAGAUUAGAUUUUUGUAAUGGAGGAUGUUUGUAAAUAGACGUCUUUUUAAAGUGUGUUUUGUAUAAAUCCUUGCAAUUUCUUUUCUUUUUUUUUUUGUUCUCAUUUUCUUUUUCCUUUAGACUUUUAACUGAAUAUUGCAACAUGUGCUGUCUUUUACGCAGCAUCCAGUAUUGUCAAAAAAGUCUUUGUUACCACACGUGUUUAAAAAAUAUUAAUAUUAAUAAUAAUAAAAUAAAAUUAGGAUUCAGAGAGGGGGGUUUGCUUUUGUUAUGUUGCCGUUCAACAGGAAUUUUUACAUCUUCAGACUGAACCUUUGUCACCGAGUGGCUUUGAAACGGGAUAGGUUGCUGGAAUGAUGAUGAUGACGAUGAUGUUGGAGGCACGGCUUAACUCUGCAUAUGAAGACUGUGUUAUUUCGCUCCAUUUGAGCCUCCUUCACCCAUGGCGACACCAAAAGCGAAAAGAUGUUGGUCCAAAAAAGAAGAGUCUGAUUUCAGUUUUUAUAAGUCCAGAGGGCCGGAAAGGGGAAGGUCGCAGGGGGAAGUAGGGAAGGAGGGAGAAGGAGAAGCGGAGAAAAGAACGAGGCCACGUAUGAAAGCGUGACAGUGGCGCGCUCGCCAAUAAAUCAUCUGGUUUACACCACUCAUUAUCUCCCAGGCGGUCUUUUGUUUUAAAGAUGCUCCCUCUCCUCCCGCUGCCCUUCUCCUUUGUCGUCCCCUCCUUCCUCAUUUAGCACAAGGAUGCUGUAAGGUGGUUUCUGCUGGGGUUUUUUUUUUUUUUUCAAAGCCACAGUAUUAUGAUUUAUUUUUCUCUCAAUGUGCAUGUGAAAGCAAAAACCUGUUGAACUUACUUUCCUUUUGUUCGAAUCACAAAUGUUAUUUUAUGUUUCUUUUUUUCUUCUUCUUGUCAUUCACUUAUUUACCACUUCUCAGCGUAACCUGUCGGCACCAGCUACAAUGGAAACAACGUUCCACCAGUUUGGAAACUACAGCAUAUUGAUAAAUAAAAUUUUUCCCAUGGAA